AUGGCAGCAGCAGCCCAGGUCGCGUCGCUGGCCGGCGUCAUCGCCACGAUUGCGCGCUGUGACAGCCUCAUUGCGCCGCUCGUGAGCUUUCUCGCGCUAUCGCAGCGUCUGCCUGUCGCCGACCUCUGGCCGUCCCUGCGCGCUUCGGCCUGGCUCUCUCACCGUGACGUGUUUAUGGAUGGUCUGCGCCUCCUCGCGCUGCCAUUGCCGCUCUCGCUCGAUACGUGGCAGGCAGUCGACACGCUGCGAAUGCAUGCGUCGCAGGUCAUCGCAUGCUUCCCGGCGCAGCGCAGGAAGUUGACCUAG